GCGCCCGCUCCGUUCCCUCUCGCCUGUGCGGAGAGCGGUGGAUGAAACCGGCUCCUCUUGCAAGGGAAAGUCGGCGGCAUGUGGAUCGUGGAGGGCCUGCCAAAGCCUAUUCUGCUUGGUGGAGUCGUUUGUACUUGGAACCCGGAGACGGCCGGGUUAGGAGCGUGUUCUGGUUUUCACCCGUCUCUAGUUCAGCUGUUUCUCUUUGGCAUCAGCUGCAGAAGUUUAUUUGGUGUGAGGCUUUGUGGAGUCUUUUGAAAGUGGAUAUACUCAAAUAGUCUCGAAAUUGUUAUUGUGAAACUGUUGGGGUGUGGUUGAGCAGGUGGUUCCGUUGUCCUGGUGCUUUUAACCUCAAUGCAAAUUCUGUCAUAUGUAAAUAGCAUUUUGUUUUGCUGUUUAAAUUCACAUAAAGUUGUAACGUACCCAAACAACGUGCGAAAUUCCUGGGCGCUGCCUUGCUGUACUUUCCAUCUGGGUUAAUGUUCCUGCGAACAUGUUCUGUUCGGGUUUUUGCUAGAAUGAGAAGUGUUUGACAAAGGCGUUUAUUUUAGCCGUCCUUGUCAUUCGUAGCAGUGGGUUCCCUGCAUGUGGUACUCAGAGGAGCGCUGGUCUAAUUUAGAAACAAAUCGUUUCUAUUUCAAGUUUUUAAGAGAACAGUCUCAUUAACAUUCAAAUUCCCACUCAGAUCUGGUUGCGGGAAGGAGUAAAAUGAGUCUUACUGCCAAGUCUGAUGCAGGCGAUCCUCUGUAGCUGUCUGUGAAACGCAGCCGUUAGGGUUAUUACUGCCUUUUCAGGCUCUUAGUUUGGACCUUGCUGAUGGUCCCUGCAAUCUGAGUGGGAGACUGGGACUGUUCCGAGAUCAAGCAGAAAGACGUAGGAAGCUGAGGGGAAAAAAAAGGGGAACUGAAAAACUCUCUGCAGGUUUCUGGGAGAUCUGGGGAGAGAGCUUUGGUCUCAUGAGCCCCAGCUUACUUCGUUGUUUUGGGGACUAGUGUAAUAUCCAUCCUCUUCCUGCUUUUUGCAGCGCUUACAACAAAAAAGGUCUCUAUCUUUAAACAGAAAUGGUGCUGGGAUGCUGUGGGACCUGAUUCCAAGCAUGCAGUCUAGAAAAUCAAAGAUGAGCACUUUUAAACUAGCAGAGGCUAUCAGAGCAUUGCUGUUUAAAGUAAAUGAAUUAAGUGCAUUUUAAGAUUUCCUGUUGUUGUUACACAUUCAUUGAUCUGACUGUGUCUAAUUGCUAAUUAAUAACAACUGUAGGCACAGUGUGUGGUCUUUGAAAUGAGCUGGCAGUGCUGACUGACUGAGAGAUGCUAUUGGAGAGUCACUUUUAUAGUGGAAUAUCUCUGCUUGCAAAACUUGCUCAUCUGAACAGCUUGGCCAGAUGUGAACUUGCUGCUGCGUCAGCUGUUCCUGCUACAAGCAAGAAAGUCUAGAACCUCACCUUCAAAGUUAUUUUUUCCUUUGAAAAUGAAGAAUUUGUAUAUUUUUAUUGCUGUCCUAUUCAUCCCAUGGAGUUUUUCUUUGGCAAAGUAUGAUGAGUUUGAGGAUGGAGAUGACAUUAUGGAAUAUGAUGAUAAUGACUUUGCUGAAUUUGAAGAUGUUAAUGAAGAUGCAGUCACAGAGUCUCCUCAGAGGAUCAUCACUACAGAAGACGAUGAAGAAGAAGCCACUAUAGAGCUUGAAGGUCAGGAUGAGAACCAGGAAGACUUUGAUGAUGCAGAUGCACAGGAAGGUGAUACUGAGAGUGAACCGUAUGAUGAUGAGGAGUUUGAAGGCUAUGAAGAGAAACCUGAUGCAUCUCAUAGCAAAAAUAAAGACCCCAUAACAAUAGUUAAUGUCCCUGCUCACCUUCAAAACAGCUGGGAGAGUUACUACAUGGAGAUACUGAUGGUAACGGGUCUUCUUGCUUACAUCAUGAAUUACAUCAUUGGGAAGAACAAAAACAACCGUCUGGCUCAUGCAUGGUUCAAUACUCACAGGGAGCUGCUAGAAAGUAACUUUGCUCUUGUUGGGGAUGAUGGUACUAAUAAAGAAGCUACAAGCACUGGGAAACUAAAUCAAGAAAAUGAACACAUAUAUAACUUGUGGUGCUCUGGAAGGGUGUGCUGUGAAGGAAUGCUCAUCCAGCUAAAGUUUCUCAAGAGACAAGACCUACUGAACGUUCUUGCACGCAUGAUGAGGCCAGCUUCUGACCAAGUGCAAAUAAAAGUAACAAUGAAUGAUGAAGAUAUGGACACUUAUGUGUUUGCUGUUGGAACGAGAAAAGCACUGGUGCGACUUCAGAAGGAGAUGCAGGACUUGAGUGAGUUCUGCAGUGAUAAGCCUAAGUCUGGUGCAAAAUACGGGCUUCCAGAUUCGCUGGCUAUCUUGUCAGAGAUGGGGGAGGUCACAGAGGGAAUGAUGGACGCUAAGAUGAUACAUUUCCUCACACACUAUGCUGACAAGAUUGAGUCCGUCCAAUUCUCGGACCAGUUCUCCGGUCCAAAACUUAUGCAAGAGGAGGGUCAGCUUACAAAACUGCCCGAAACUAAAAAGACACUUUUGUUUACAUUUAACGUGCCUGGUUCAGGCAACACUUCCCCAAAGGAUAUGGAGUCUUUGCUGCCUCUGAUGAGCAUGGUUAUCUACUCUAUUGACAAAGCAAAGAAGUUCCGUCUGAACAGAGAAGGUAAACAAAAAGCUGACAAGAACAGGGCUCGUGUGGAAGAGAACUUCCUUAAACUGACUCACGUGCAAAGGCAGGAGGCUGCCCAGUCCCGUCGAGAAGAGAAAAAACGGGCAGAGAAGGAGCGAAUCAUGAACGAAGAGGAUCCUGAAAAGCAGCGUCGGCUGGAGGAAGCUGCUUUGCGGCGUGAGCAGAAGAAACUUGAGAAGAAGCAGAUGAAGAUGAAGCAAAUCAAAGUGAAAGCUAUGUGACUCCAUAGUGAGAAGCGUCUCAGUGCCACCUGCAGAAUUGUAAUUCACAGGGUACAAAGACCUACUUAACUCCAUAAUCCUAUGCUUCUUUGAACACUAGUAGCCAUUAAGAGAAAUGUUCCUUGCAUUGGUGUUACUUAUUUAAGUAUUACAGCAACAUGCAGGUGUAUGUAGAGAGCUUUGUCUCGGCAGUUUUAUUCCAGGUGGUAUAAAUUUUUGCUACUUGUCUGUUUAAAAAAAAAUUGCAAUAUUCUUGAAUGCUCUUUGUCAUUUGUUCUUUAAAAACAGAAGAUUGUAAACCUGUCCACGUGCGCUGGCAACAUAUUCAUGCUUUGGUUUUAAACUUUGGUUUUAGUUAUUGGGAGGGAAGGGAGAAAAAUUUAAGGGGAGGAAAACUGCACAAUAAUCAUUUACUGUGCAUUUAUUUGCAUCAAGCUUGUAAAGGCACAAAACUUAAGAGCCUUCCAUACACAGUAUGGAUUCUUCAGGGAUUUAAGCCCAGUAGAAUAGAAGUGAUUUUUAUUUUCUUUUUUUACAAACAAGGGACUGAAACAGUAUUACGUCACCUGUGGGCGAUUGGCAUAUGUAUGAAACAUAUAGAUGGGUUAGAUACGAGGGAAUGGAAUACAUGAACAGUUUCCUACUUGUGGUUUUGAAUGCUGCAAGCUUAAUACAAUGUGAAGUUUGUAAUGUCAGCGUGGUGUUCCUUCAGGAGUGAGCGCAUGGUGAGUUAACAGCUUCAACUAGCCUUCCUUGAAUAUUUUUAACUGUACAAGUUUGCCUCAAACUUUUCUCUUGAUCUCAGCAGCUGCUGCCUAGUUCACUUCAGCCAGAAGCUAGAUUCAGUGAAGUAUCUGCAAUUGCCAAUUUCCCCAAGCAAGUAAAAACGUUUCAGAGGACACAUAUCCUCUUCAUCUGGUAAAUGAUCAUUUCAGGUUUUUGAAUAUAAAUGGGGAGAAUGAAGUGAAUGCCCUUGUGCAAGCACUUCGCUAACUGAGAGAGCUCUGCAUUUUAUAAAUGCUUCCUGUCUAGAAGGAAUUUUAUUGUUGCUUUUAACAGUUUUGGGGGGAAAAAUGUCUUGCAUUUUCUUGUUCGAUAUUUUGUGCGAACUUGGUUCUGAGGCAAUAAGAAUGAGCUGCUGUUGAAACAGCAAUUGCUUAAACUUCUUGUUCCAGCGUGGGAUACUUCACACUGAUUUAAAUGCAAAUGUCUGUAACCUGAUACAUGCAAAUACUUUAAUUUUAUAAUGGUUGGUAAAAUUAUUUAAAACCAAAACUAAUGUCGAUUAUGUGAAAUUUUAGCACUAUUUAGCUUUAAAGAUUAAUACGGUAUUGUUUCGCAAAGUUCUUUGAAAGGAAAUACUAGUUUGUGCUCUUUCGAGUAAGUGGACAGCUUUCCUGAAGUCCCAUACGUUUGUGGGCCAUGGCAGCUAAUUUUGUAAUAUGAACAUUCAACUGAACAAUCUAAUGAAGAGUAAAAUAUAAUUGAAACA